CCCCCGAGGUGCUGGAGCUCCUCGCACAGCGGCGGCAAGACCGUGGUGCAGUGGCAGGCGCCGCCGCCUGCGUCCUGGCAGUGCGCCGGGGCGCCGCUCGGCGCGCAGGCGGCGGCUGCCGGCGCCUCCGGCGUGUCGAGGCUCCGGCUCGCCUGGGUGCCGCCCUCGGCGCUGCAGCCGGGGGCUCCGCCACUCAGCCGCUUCGACUUCGCCGCCGCGCUGGCCGCGGCCGAGGCGGACGGCGCCGCGGCCGCCGACGCCGCGGCAGGUGGCCUGGGCUUCUGGGAGCUGCCGGGCGAGGUGCUGCAGCACGUCAUGGACUUGCUGCCCAGCUUCCGGGACCGGCUCCGGCUCUGCAGCACCUGCGCAGCCACCAGCCAGCUGGAGUGGCGCCUC